AUGAAGAUGGAAAAAAUUUUAAGUUUGGUUUCUUUGCUGAUAUAUUUUGGUCUAGUUUUAGUGAUUGGAGUCAUUGUUCCAAUUGGAGCUGAGGCUAAGGCUAGGGCUUUCUUUGUGUUUGGUGAUUCACUUGUUGAUAGUGGCAAUAACAAUUAUUUGGUCACUACUGCAAGAGCUGAUUCUCCUCCUUAUGGUAUUGAUUAUCCGACCGGUAGACCAACCGGUCGAUUUUCUAAUGGUCUCAAUAUUCCCGAUCUUAUUAGUCAAAAACUAGGUGCUGAAUCUGUGUUGCCAUACUUGAGUCCGCGACUAAGAGGCGAGAAGCUUUUAGUCGGAGCAAACUUUGCUUCGGCUGGAAUUGGCAUUCUUAACGAUACCGGAGCUCAAUUUUUAAACAUAAUCAGAAUGUAUAAACAAUUAGAUUACUUCGAAGAGUACCAACACCGAGCCGCCUUUCUAAUUGGACCAGCCCGGACUAGGACAUUGGUUAAAAAAUCAUUGGUCCUCAUCACCGUCGGUGGUAACGAUUUUGUAAACAAUUACUAUUUGGUGCCUUAUUCCGCAAGGUCUCGCCAAUAUUCGCUACAAGAUUAUGUCAAAUUCCUCAUUAUAGAGUAUCGCAAACUCUUAGAAAGACUAUAUGAUCUAGGAGCACGCAGAGUUCUUGUGACGGGCACGGGACCAUUAGGAUGCGUUCCAGCGGAAAUGGCGAUGCACGGAACAGAUGGAGGAUGUUCUGCUGAACUUCAAAGAGCUGCAACAUUGUACAAUCCUCAAUUAAACCACAUGGUACAAGGACUCAACAGGAAAAUUGGCAAAGAUGUUUUUAUUGCUGCAAAUACCGCACUAAUGCAUAGCGAUUUCGUGAAUGACCCCAAAGCAUUUGGAUUUACUACAUCAAGAGUUGCUUGUUGUGGACAAGGACCUUACAAUGGGAUUGGUUUGUGCACACCAAUCUCAAAUUUAUGUCCAGAUAGAGAGUUGUAUGCAUUUUGGGAUCCAUUUCAUCCAUCCGAAAAGGCCAACAAAAUUAUCGUGGAGCGAAUUAUGUCGGGUACUAAAAUGUACAUGAAUCCGGUUAACCUUAGCACCAUCAUGGCAAUGGAUGCUACCACAUGA